AUGGACAGUCUAGACAACCUCGAUAGACAAACCCACAAGCCGCGUGACGACUCCAAUGUGCGCCUAUCAAGAUCAUUUGAAAACGAGGAUCCAGAUACUUCGUUUCGGUCACAUGGCAGCAGUUUUCUACCCAAUCCUCAGAUAUCAGCAUCGCCUGAAGGUUAUGGAAAGAAGAAAAUUUGGGAAGGAGCUUACAAAAGCUUCUUGUCAAAGGGGAGGGGGAAGAAUUCUUCCAAUAGUUUGGAUCUAGACUCCAGUUCGCCUAGUUCGAAAUCUUCAUCGGACACGAAAGGCUUGGAUUCCAAAAAGAAAUCUGCCAGUUUUUCAAUGAUACCAGGGUCGAAGCGUUUGGUUUCGAGGUCUUCACCCAAUACUCCGCAAAGACACAAAACAACAACAACACCGGAAGGUGAGCCUCCGUUGCCCCAACGGACUUCCAUAGGACAAAGGGUUCGCAGUUUUGGGACCAAGAGCCACGAAAGUGGCGACGGUAACAUGGAUAGCUCGGUUCGGGGUGGAACUUACUUCAAGUCCGUCUUUAAACGAAAAACUGGUGUUACCAAGCGAAAUAGCAAGUCAGAUGAAUUGGACGCUCCCUUGCGAAAUGGAAUUGGAAGAUCGAGCGGGUCUCCGGAAUACCACGCCCAUGGUCGGAUAGCCAGGGGAUCACCGGAGUAUGCAACUGGUCGAAUACCUACGAGGGGAUCUCCAGAGUCUGGAUCAGCUCCAGAAAGUGUAGACGACAUUUCCAUACCGACCACUACUAAUACCAGUAGAAGACGGGUAAUAUCAGAAGACGAGGAUGACAUUGGCUUGGAUUAUCUGGUGGAAUCAGGAUCAGUAACUAGCUUGUUUGGACUCAUCAAUUAUGGGUCGUCGACACAGUUGUCGGUACCAUCCAUGAAUCCACUGGGGGAAGAAACAGAAGGAAUCACUGAUGAUGAUGCCCCCACCGGAUUACCAGCCUUGCUUCCUCCGCAGAAUAUAAGCGGCUUGAGGCAUUCCGCGUCCACUGGAGGGCUGGGCUUGUCUUUGUUAUCACAAGAGAUACAACAUCAAAGUACUCCUCAAAUGAUGUAUCAUGAUCCAUCAGCUGCUGGUGGUGAUUAUGGCCAUCGAGCUGCACAGCCAUCUUCGUCCAGUCCCAACACUUUGGUUUCCUUACUGUCCGAACCAAGCUUUACCAUUGGCAGCAGCUCGCCUUCUUCUUUGGUGUAUCAACAAAAUGUUGAUCCAGAAACGAAAAAGAUGUUUACCAUGUAUCACAACGAUGCUCGGUUCAGCCGGGAUACUACGGAACCAUUUUUGGGGGAUGAUGUUCCAGCAUCCCAACGAAAUUAUGCACCCAUGGCGUACAUGGCUGCUACUGCGGGUGUUCGCAGGUUUGCAGCUCACUCGAGAGUCGCGUCCGAAACGUAUAUACCGUCCAUGCUGCACGAUCCUCUGCCGCUUGCUCCGGUGGAUGAAAACGGAAUAUCCGUCCAACACAACAUGCGCCUUCUCAAGCCACUCCAUAGUACGGAACAUUGGGAAGCGGGCCGUCGAUAUUUGAUUGCGGCAGCAGCCUUGGCCACCUGUCCCGUCAGUGUGAUGGACAAGGUAUCCGGGACGACUGUUCAUUCUCCCAAGGAAGCCGCGAUUUCACAUUCUGCUUUUGGGACCAUUAAUUUGGGCAAAGCACUCGUUACCUACGUCGGGCAAACUCGACAUCUUAGUGCUGGAACCUGGUCUUCCUGCAAUCUUGUUCUGCGGCAGAAUUAUUUGCUGGAAUAUGAUGUGGACGCACCCAAGAAUGCGCUGCCACGAGGUUUUGCGCAUCUACAACUGGCGACUGCUUACGCGAGCCCCGAACUACCAAACUCGCUGGAAUUGCAUUUCUUUGCCAGCCCUUGCGCCCAGGCAGAUCCCCGCACGCUCCUGAUACAGGUGCACAAUCGGGAAGAUCGAGACUCUUGGGUGUUCUGCCUGAACCGAGCUGCUCGAUUGCAACCUCGCGACAUGUGGGAAUUUGAUGAGGAUAUGGAAUCCGGGAGCGGUCGGUAUGCUACGGUACGACCCGGUCGAAGGAAAGAUGCAGAGUACUACGAGGACAUGAAAGAACCAGGAGAAAAGCCACAACAUCGGAAUCGAGCGUUAAAGAUCGUCGAUAAGGCAGAGUUUUGGCGAAGAGUUGUCAAGGGACGAGAACGAGCUGAUACACUCGUGAGGGAGCUAUCCGUGCAGUCAACGCUGACUGCCAAAUGCGGACAGUUACCAAGCAUACUUCAGCUGCGUGGGGUCUUUGAGACAUCUCAAAAUCUGAUAUUGGAAUUGGAACUUCUGGAAGGGCACGAUCUGUUUGAAUACAUAUCACGAAAGGGUGUCAUGGACGAAGGAGAGGCUUGUCUGGUGACCGAAGAUGUUCUCCGGAGUCUGGAGGCAAUGCACCGAGUAGGUGUCGCUCAUCGAGACAUUAAGCCAGCGAAUCUUCUAAUGUGCAAGGGCGAAGACGAUCGUGUAGCUAUUAAGGUUGGUGACUUUGGAAUGUCAGCCUUUGUAGGCGUUGACAAGCUUGUGCGUGGGCGCUGUGGGACUCCUGGGUACGCCGCCCCAGAAAUCUUGAAGGCGAGCAGUGGAGUAGGGUAUGGAAAUCAAGUGGAUGUCUUUUCUGCAGGAGUCACUCUGUAUGUUAUGCUUUGUGGAUACGAACCGUUCUAUGGAGAAUCAGAAGAGGCCUUGAUUGAAGCAAAUAAAGAGGCUGUCGUUGAAUUCCCCAAGAAUGACUGGAGUGGAAUCUCGAAAGACGCCAGAGAUCUCAUACGCGAAAUGCUAAAAACAGAUCCUGGGGAGAGAAUAACGGCAAAAGAGGCGCUCGAACAUGCUUGGAUACAGCAGUUUGGGUCCAAGAGAGCUACUGACGCAGACGCAAACUUGCAGCUAUUGCUAGCAGAUGCACCUGACGCUGGUGCAUGUUUAAUAUCUUAA